AUGGCUUUAUUCAGCUUCCUCAUCCUGACCUCCCUGUGUAUUGCGGGCCGAGAGGCCCUCAGCCUAUCUGACUGCGGAGCGUACGCCAGAAGACCAGAGUACACUGACAUCGCUGUGGUCUGUGGCACAUCUGCCAUUGAGCUGUCUAUUCAAAUCUGCCCGGCCAUCUACACCGGCUACAACGAGAGCUUGCUGAUCCUCAACCGCAUCCGGGACAACGUGGACUGCCAGGGGACACUGGACACCUCGGUGGCACCUCCUGUGGUGAGAUUCAGCUUCCCCAUCAGAGAGGGGAACGCCUGCGGGAGUAACUUUUUGACCACAAGUGCGCCAGGGACGGGAAUAUUCUCAGACUUCUCCAACAUCCAGACGGUCAACGUGAGCGGGGUGAUCCGAUCCUUCGACCCCACCAUCGGCACCAUCACCUACAACGCAGAGCUCAAGUAUUACUAUUCGUGUGCUUAUCCUCUGGAGUAUCUCAUCAACAACACCCAGGUGGACGUGUCAUCCUCCUCCAUUGCUUUGAAAGACAACAAUGGGAGCUUCAUCAGCACCCUCAGCAUGACCUUGUACCAGGAUAUUAAUUACACCACGCCCCUUGUCAUGUCACCUCUGGGCGUCGAACUGAGGACAAACAUCUACGUUGAGGUGGUUGCAUCCAACCUGACGUCCCAGUACUUUGUUCUUCUGGACCGGUGCUACGCCUCGGUGAAUCCGCAGCCCUCCAACUCCACCUUCUUUAAUCUGUUUGUCUCGUGCUCCAUAGAUCAGCUCACCACCAUGCUGGAGAACGGGGAUAGCCAAAAGGCCCGCUUCUACUUCCCGGCGUUCCGCUUCAUCGAGCAGCAGAAUGAGACCAUCUCCACCUACUAUCUGCACUGCAUCACCCGACUCUGCGAGCGCAGCACCUGCAGCACCUUCAAGCAAUGCAACAGGAGGAGGAGGAGGAGUGUGGAGACCACGGUCGUCCAGGACAGCAUCACUGAGCCGUCUGUGCUCACAGUGGCUUUAAGGACCAAGACAGAGACCCCCAUUGUCUCCAAAGAGGAGGCGCUGUCUGGUGGCCAGUCUGAUGGCAGGGGCGCGUCUGUUGGCCUGGGAAUUGCGGUGGCCGUCCUCAUUGUGAUAGGGGUGGCGGCCAUUUUGAUGGCAGCGUCUUUUUAUCGAAAGCUGAAGCAGCUAAGCUAG